CUGCCGCAGCUUCCGAUCGAGGUGUGGGAGAACGUGAUUGACCAUCUGUGGGACAACCAGUGGGAUUUGUUGGAGUGCAGACUCGUCUGCCGAGCAUGGUAUCCUCUCAGUCGCUUCCACCUGGACAGGAAGAUCUGGUUCUCGAGUAGCAAGGGUGCGAAGGCGUAUGUAAAGAUGCUGAAACAGAGGCCCGAGCUGUCAAAGCGGGCGCAGAAUAUGGACAUGUACGGUUGUUGGGGAGAUCUGUCCGCACUGUCGCUGGCGGCGAUCCUGCUCGCUCGCAAGCUGCCCCAGCUGGAGACGCUCAUGAUCUGGGAAUCAACGUGGAAGCCGUGGACGAUGCACAGAGAUGUCUUCCUGCAUCUCUCCGCCUUCUCUGUCACUUCCCUCGUUCUCUUAUAUGUCAGAUUCCCAUCGAUCACCGUCUUUGGGCGCCUCGUCUGCGCCCUGCCACGCCUCGUCGAGCUCGAAUGCCACACUCUCCAAUUCACGCAUGACCAUUUCCACCGCGAUACAUUUGGUCCAUAUCGUGAUCGCGUCAACAUCCGCUACUUGAAACUCACAGGAGAUCUCCAGAGAAUUGAGAAACUCAUCGACUUCCUU